CGGGGGGGUGGGGGGAGCACAAGGCUUGCGGCCUCGGCCCCUCCAAAGAGCUGAGAGAUGACCGGGAAAGCGGGAGAAGCGCUGAGCAAGCCCAAAGCCGAGACAGUGGCCAAGAGUACCUCGGGGGGCGCCCCGGGCAGGUGCACCGGGUUUGGCAUUCAGGAGAUCCUGGGCUUGAACAAGGAGCCCCCCAGCUCCCACCCGCGUGCUACCCUCGAGGGUCUGGCCCCCGGGCACUUGCUGGCUGCGCGCUCCGUGCUCAGUCCCGCAGGAGUGGGCGGCAUGGGGCUACUGGGGCCCGGGGGGCUCCCCGGCUUCUACGCACAGCCCACCUUCCUGGAAGUGCUGUCCGACCCGCAGAGCGUCCACUUACAGCCGCUGGGCAGAGCGUCGGGGCCGCUGGACACCAGCCAGACGGCCAGUUCGGAUUCUGAAGAUGUUUCCUCCAGCGACCGGAAAAUGUCCAAAUCGGCUUUGAACCAGACCAAGAAACGGAAGAAGCGGCGACACAGGACAAUCUUUACCUCCUACCAGCUAGAAGAGCUGGAGAAGGCAUUCAAUGAAGCCCACUACCCUGACGUCUAUGCCCGGGAGAUGCUGGCCAUGAAAACGGAGCUGCCCGAAGACAGGAUACAGGUCUGGUUCCAGAACCGCAGAGCCAAGUGGAGGAAGCGGGAAAAGUGCUGGGGCCGAAGCAGCGUCAUGGCCGAGUAUGGACUCUACGGGGCCAUGGUGCGCCACUCCAUUCCCCUGCCGGAGUCCAUCCUCAAGUCCGCCAAGGACGGCAUCAUGGACUCCUGCGCCCCGUGGCUGCUGGGGAUGCACAAAAAGUCGCUGGAGGCGGCAGCCGAGUCAGGGAGGAAGCCCGAGGCGGAGCGCCAGGCGCUGCCCAAGCUCGACAAGACGGAGCCUGAGGAGCGGGGUUCCGAGCCCCCCGCUGCCAUGUCCCAGGAGGAACUGAGGGAAAACAGCAUCGCCGCGCUCAGAGCCAGAGCGCAGGAGCACAGCACCAAGAUGCUGGGGACUGUGUCCGGCCCUGACGGCCUGGCCCGCAGCGCCGAGGAGCCGGAGCGAGAGGAGGCCGCGGACGAAGACAGGCCGGCGGAGAGGCUGAGUCCAGCGCGGCUCGAGGACGUGGCUUAG